UGGCCUCGGGCGGGGCUGCGACGGGGCCGGGGGUCGUCGGAGGCAGCUCCCCUCGCUUCUUCCCGAUGGAGGAGGCGGCGCGCGCGGCUGCGGUCCCGGAUGCGUGCCCUUCCCGUUGGACCGAGACGAAGGCGCCGGCCGCGCGAGCGCAGAACGGGGUGGCCCGUGCGGCCUGUGUGGGGGUGUGAGCGGAGGCCGGAACUACUCUGCCAGGGUUUAAAACUUUAAAUGAGAAUAAAGGGUAGUAUUUACGAGGAAAUGAGAAUGAAUAAAUCAUCUCUAACCUCUUCCAGCCUUUUUUUCAUAAGAGAGACCAUAUUAAACUUACAUGCUCUCCCAGCGUGAUUGACCUUCAGUUACAGGGAGUGGGAGCUGUACAUCACUAGAUCUGAGAAUAGUGAAGCAACUCAUUCCCUUCUGGACAUUCACACUGAUGUCCUGUUUUCAAACUAUUUGAAAAGUAGGUCAUCUUGCCUCCAGCACCAGCAAUUUCUCUGUUUUGUGAUCAAUGUGAUUCACAGGAACUUCUUAAGUAACAAACGAAAUGACCCAAGGGCGUGGAAAAUAUGACUUUUAUAUUGGUCUGGGAUUGGCUAUGAGCUCCAGCAUUUUCAUUGGAGGGAGUUUCAUUUUGAAAAAAAAAGGCCUUCUGCGACUUGCCAGGAAAGGCUCCAUGAGAGCAGGUCAAGGUGGCCAUGCAUAUCUUAAAGAAUGGUUGUGGUGGGCUGGACUGCUAUCAAUGGGAGCAGGUGAGGUGGCCAACUUUGCUGCGUACGCCUUUGCACCAGCCACCCUAGUGACACCACUAGGAGCUCUCAGUGUCUUAGUAAGUGCCAUUCUCUCUUCAUACUUUCUAAAUGAAAGACUUAAUCUUCAUGGGAAAAUUGGUUGUUUGCUAAGUAUUUUAGGAUCCACAGUUAUGGUUAUUCAUGCUCCAAAAGAGGAGGAGAUCGAGACGUUAAAGGAAAUGUCUGACAAGCUAGGAGAUCCGGGUUUUGUGAUCUUUGCCACACUUGUGGUCAUUGUGUCCUUGAUAUUAAUCUGCGUGGUGGGACCUCGCCAUGGACAGACAAACAUUCUCGUGUACAUAACUAUCUGCUCUGUGAUUGGGGCAUUCUCAGUCUCCUGUGCGAAGGGCCUGGGCAUUGCUAUCAAAGAGCUGUUUGCUGGAAAGCCUGUGUUGCGUCAACCCCUGGCCUGGAUUCUGCUGCUGAGCCUUAUAGUCUGUGUGAGCACACAGAUUAAUUAUCUGAACAGGGCGCUGGAUAUAUUCAACACUUCCAUCGUGACUCCAAUAUAUUAUGUAUUCUUUACAACAUCAGUUUUAACUUGUUCAGCUAUUCUUUUUAAGGAGUGGCAAGAUAUGCCUGUUGAUGAUGUCAUUGGUACUUUGAGUGGCUUCUUCACAAUCAUUCUGGGAAUAUUCUUGUUGCAUGCCUUUAAAGACGUCAGCUUUAGUCUAGCAAGCCUGCCUGUGUCUUUUCGAAAAGACGAAAAAGCAAUGAAUGGCAAUCUCUCUAAUAUGUAUGAAGUUCUUAAUAAUGAUGAAGAAAGCUUAACCUGUGGAAUUGAACAACACACUGGUGAAAAUAUCUCUCGAAGAAAUGGAAAUCUUUCUCUUUUUGAGAAGGAUGUAAUGUUAAUAUAGAAUUCUGUUAUAAAGUGAAUUUGAUUAUCAGAAUGUGUCUGAGAAGCACUGUCCUCAAUGUUCUCCAGAGACAAUCUUUUUUAAGGGUUCGCUAAUUGGGACCAAGAAAUUACUUUUCUUAUAUUUAAAUGACGGUAGCCCACUAAAAUGACCUCAGUACAUGGCCAAUUUCUGUUGUUAUUGGGGGGUAUUUUAAAACUUUCCUUCACCAAAAUCUAAAUGCAUUAAUGAGUUUUAAGUCUAUAAAAGUGCUUUAUUUUUUCAUUGGUGAUGAAAGUCUGAAAUGUACAUUUGUCAUCCCCACUUCAUCAAUCCCUGACCAUUUUAAGGCCUUUUUAUUUAAAAAAGAAUGAAAUUUCUUAGCACAGUAUCUUGUCACACACCUUACUUGGAAAAAUGGCUCCCAAUUCAGUGAUUUUAAUUUUGAAAAUGACAGUUUUGAGAAUCUUAAGUUAUUGAAUGAAUGAAGGAGACGCAUUUGAGGGCCUUUCUAGAUGGCACCUAAUGGAACCCACCCACCUGAGUCUGAGUUCCUGCUUUGCAGCCUGGAUGGUUUUAUUUCUUGGCUACUCUAAGCUUGAUACUUGGAAAGUUGAUUACCAUUUUAUUUCAACUUUUGUAUUUUUCAAUAUAUUUUCAUGAGUUACCGUCAUUUAGAUCUUCUAACUACCCUAGAAGACCAGGGGGAGUUUCUUAAAUUUAGCCUAUAAUAAAGAAAGUAAAGUUCUUUUCUAAGUCUGAAUGCUUAGAACAAUCUUAAAAUGUUUGUAAAAUAUGGCUUCUUUGUACCAAGUAUUUUACUUUAAGAGUUUGUUUAGAACUCUGUGUAUUUUGGUCUUUUAAAAACAUCCAUGAAAAAUACUUAGUGGAAAACUUCAAACAUGCAAAAAAUGUACCAUUGUACGGUGACCUCCAAGCAACUUCAGAACGAUCCAUUCAUAGCAAAUUAAUGGCCCUUAAAAAAAAAAAAACGUUGACCAAAUUCGUGUCCUCGUGGGUAGUGGAAGAACACGGGCUGUUCCCACGCCACUGCUUCCACCCUAGGUCAUUCACAGUGGUUGACCUUGACCCUGCUCUAUAACCAGCCACUGCCGGCCCCUCACUGUCCUUGUUUGGGGGGGGCAUGGGGUCCUCACAUGAUGACUGAUGGCAUUAAUAUCAGACACAGAUCUCCGCUGGAUUUAUCAGGGCAAAGUUGAGUCUCUAAGUUUCAUGACAUAAAUGUUUUCCCCCAUUAUUUUUAGACUUUUUUUUCUAAUUGCCUCAACUCAUGUAAUUUUAAUACCACAGAUAUAUUGUAUAUUUAUGUACUGUACCUCUAUCUGUGCUUUGUUCAGAAUUGAGUAAAAACCAAUUUUCACCCCCUUGGGGGUAAUAAUUGCCCUAAUCGAGAAUGCACAGAUUAAUAAUGAUAAAUUUUUAAUUACCAUCUCACAGCACUUGAAAUUGUGUUGUACAUAAAUUUUUAUUACAUUUUAUUGUGGUUUAUAAUUAAAUCUUACAAAACUCAGUAAUAUGAGCUAUUUAAAUUA